UUGAACUUAAUUCCCUAGUUGUGGUACAAUACUCGUACUGUGCUGAGAACCAUUUGGGUAAUCUGUUUUGGUGUGAUGGUCAAAUGCAGCAUGACUAUGAUUGUUUUGGUGAUGUCUUGGCCUUUGACUCAACCUAUAGAAAGAAUUUAUACAAUAGGCCUUUGGUGAUUAUUUCAGGUACUAACCAUCAUAGACAAACCAUUAUAUUUGGGUUUGGGUUGCUUGAGGAUGAGAAGAUUCCUUCUUAUAAAUGGUUGCUAAGGAGUUUUUUGGAUGUAAUGAGGCAAAAGGAGCCGAUGGUUGUGGUUACUGAUGGAGACAAAUCAAUGAAGAAGGCUAUCCGGAGCGAGUUUCCUAAUGCAACACACAGACCAUGUAGUUGGCAUCUUGCUUGGAAUGUUGUCUCUAAUAUUAAGGAUGCUAAUUUCUGUAGUGCAUUCAAGACUGCGGUGUAUGGAAACUUUGUGGUUGAAGAGUUUGAGAACUAUUGGGCGGAGAUGGUUGAGAGCUUUGGUUUAGAGAAUAAUGAUUGGAUUGAAAAAACAUACGAGAAGAGGGCGCAAUGGGCGAACGCCUAUCUGUGUGAUAAGUUUUGUGCUAGAGUUAGAACAACAUUGAGAUGUGAGGGAAUCAAUUCAUCCCUCAAGAAGUUUAUUAGAUCUGGAAAUUGUCUACUUGAGCUCGUGGAGAACCUGGAUCGUGUGGUGAAGGAUUAUCAGAAUAAUGAGUUCAUGGCCGACUUCAAAUGCUUGUAUUCGGAACCGGUGAUGACAACAGGGUUGGAAAGUAUUGAGAAGGCUGUAAGCAAGGUGUAUACGCGAGAAAUAUUCUUUGAGGUUAAGAAACAAAUAGAGUCAGUUGCUGCAUUGCUCGUGCUUCAUCAUGAGACUUAUGGUACCAUUCAAAAGUUCAUGCUAAGGAAGUUCCGAAGGCCCCUUCGAGUUUAUACUAUUUUAUACAAUAGCAGUUCCAAAAAUUAUGAGUGCUCGUGCAAGUUGUGGAACAGUCUAGGGGUCCCUUGUAGUCAUAUAUUUUGUGCGAUGAAGGAACUUGAGAUAGAGGCAUUGCCAAGGCGAUUAGUGCUUCGCAGGUCGUGUAAAGAUGCAAAAACAUUGGAGAAAGUUGGUGCGGUUCCAAUGGCCGAUCCGGAAAAGGCGUUUCGGGAACGUUAUGGGUCCAUGUGGAGUGCAUGUAUGUCUAUGUGCUAUAUAGCCGCUUAGGAUGGAGACACGUAUGAGAAUGUUCUUUCUCAAGUGGCAAAACUGACGAAGGAAAUUGAGUCAGCGGGCCCACGAGGCGGAAGGAACCGAUUUAGGAGAGCAGGCGAUGACCAUGUCAACAUGCUGGAUCCAACUAUUGUAAAGUCGAAGGGUGCUCCCAGGGGCAGCACGAACGCAAAAAUAGGAAGGCGAUGUAGAAGGUGUAAUGGGCUUGGGCACGACCGUAGGAAUUGUACUGCGAGGAACGAACAACCAGAUGAUGAGGUAGUAGGAACUAUGAACGGCCAGUAUCAAACUUCUUGUAAAAGGGUUUGAUGAGGUUAGGCAUUCGCCAAUUGGUGAUGUGCAGAUCAUCUAUUCAUCAAUGUCAGGCCGUUGAAUGAAGCAUGUUUGGAUUUGCCAAACCAGGGGUCUAUUUUUUUGUCCUUGUUGUAGAUGCGGGUUCGAAAUUUAUGUGAAACAGUGUCUUGUAUUGAACUCUAGUAAAUCUUAUGCUACUGCAUCAUGUGUUGUGAAUUA